GAUGAUUUGGAGGCCCGAGACGAAGGGGGCGAGGAUGAUCUUGAGGUAGCUGAGGAUGAAGUGGGCGAAGAUGAUGAGGACGCUGUGGCGAAGGAUCAGGCCUCGAAAUCGCAAGAUGAUGGAGAGUAUUGCAUUGACCUCUACGUUGUGGCCAAGUCCAUGGACCACCGCCAAAAGAUUUUAGAUCAGGUCUUCAGGGCCUCGUCGCAAAGCAACUGGGCUGUGGUCUGCACUCGGACGGCCCAUCCUUCGAUCCUGUUGGCAGCUCAAGAGGUGAUAGGUUUCGUUUCAGGCCCAAGGCCGCAUGCACUGGCCCAUGGGCGUGAUUUGAUGAACCGUCUGGCCGCAAGCCUGAAGUUGCCUGAAGCCAAGCGCAUGGUCUCGGGGCAGAAGAGGGCUUUGGGGCUGCAAGACCUCGGGUUCAUCCAGGUGACGGAGGCACCCACAUCUGACGUGGUCUGCUUGAAGGAUAUCCCUGUGGAUAGUUCCUGCUGGCGCUUCGGAUUGAACAGGCCUCUCCCUGCCAACUACGAGGAGCUCAUGAGCACGCUCGUGCAGCAAGAGCUGCAGCAACAGGAGCUGACGCUCCAGCAGAGCCCGGAGAUGCCAUUGAGUCCGAAUGAAUUCGGGCCUCUGUACUCCGUCAUGGUGGGUGCCGCCAGCAAGGUCGCUGUUCCUGGGGCGGGCAAGCGCGCCAACUGCACCAUUAGGGUCUCUGUUGAGAAAGGCUGCACAGAUGAGCUGCUGUGUUUGGUUGUGAAGACCCGCACUGGCGUGGGCAUCGCCAAAAAUUCCUUUCUCUACCUGGACAGCGAGCACGUUCAGCUCACAGGCGGUGGUGAUCUGAAGCGCAUGAAGAAGGAUUUCGUGGACCAGUGGUUCAAGCCUACAGCCACCAGUACAGCAGAGCCAGCACAGGCCUCGCCGCAGGUCUCCCCACCGCCAGUCGUGUCUACCGGGUUCAAGAGCCUGGACACUUGCUAUGACUUCAAGCUUGGGCAGGACAAGAGGCUGUUUGUUGAGGUGGCUGCGGGCCAGGAGAAGCUAAAGAGCAACAAGCGUUUGUUUCCCGGGACGGUGGUUUUCAGCAGUGCGGCAGGGAAGUUCAAGGCCUCGAAUGGGAUUCCAUCUGGGUCUAUCCCCUACACCUUUCACGAGACGGCGAGGGAGAAGGUCUUUUUCGAGGACAAAGUAAUCAGCCUUAAAGACUUGCUGGACUCCAAGAAGGUCUCGGAGAUAUGGUCGCAUGGCGCAAUAGUGGGAACACCAGCGAGGCUGCCAGGUUCUACCCAGGUCUUCGUUGCCGAACAAGACGUUCUGAAGCAGGUGAUCCAGACUGUGGAGGAGAACUACAGCAAGAAGGUCUCCUGGAUAUGGCACAUGAGGCUGCAAGCGGGUUGCCUGAAGCCCAUCAGGGCUUGCCUGAUGUUGGACAAGCAAGUCAUCGUAAAUGCUGCCAGCGGCAUAGGCCACUUGUGA